CGCCCAGGAGUGCAGCUCCGGUAUAUAUACUGGACAGCUCUUCGGCAGACUCACUCUGCUCCAGCCGUCCACCUCCUGCACAACAUGAAGGUUUAUGUCCUCCUCAGUACGUUUGUAUUGUCGGUCGUCGCUGAAGCGCCGAUCGACCGGUCGUACCUGCCUCCUAGCUCUGAGUACGGACCUCCCUCGGCCUCCUCUCUCAGCUCUCAGUACGGCGCUCCAGCAGCCAAUGGCCUCAGCCCUCAGUACGGAGCUCCUGCACUGACAGGCGCUGGUUUUGGGCGCUCAGGCGCUUCCAGCCAGGGUCCAGCGGCUCGUGUCUCCUCCAGCUUUGGAAGUGCCUCCUCCAGGAGGUUUGGGGCUGGUAGGAGAAUCAGCGGUGGACUCUCCACUCGCUAUGGUGCUCCUUCGGUGGCUGGCCGUGCCACUGGCUUUGGAGGACUCGGUCUGUCCACACAGUACGGCGCCCCUUCUUACUCUGGUGACGCGCUCUCCACUCAGUACGGUGCUCCCUCUGGUAACGCUGGUGGCCUUUCUCCAGUGUAUGGAGUGCCCGGAUAUGGCUACGGUCGCGCUGGAGCCCAGGAGGAUCCACUUGCUGAGCCGGCCAACUACGAGUUCAGCUACUCGGUGCAGGACGGUGAGACGCUGAGCGACUUUGGACAAGAGGAGUCCAGGCAGGGGGAGAGCGCCCAGGGCCAGUACCGCGUGCUGCUGCCUGACGGCCGCAAGCAGAUCGUCUCCUACCAGGCGGACGAGGGCGGCUACAGGCCCACCGUAGAGUACCAGGACACCGGACUCACCGCCUACUCCGCCGGCGGAUACGGCUACGGCAGGGGGCGCGCCGGAGCUGGAGCUGGAAAUGGGGGAUACCACUACUGAUACAUGAUCGGCUAGUCAGAUCUGAGUGCAUGGUUGCACUUGUGGUGUGUGCAGAGUAGGAGGGCUACGUGCCACACUUCUUACAUAGUUGCUGCUCUUUCUCCCAUUAUCGUUUUCUGCAAAGCUUCAUUUAAAUCCUUGCUCCAAUUCAGUCUUUAAUUCCUAUGUUGUACAGUACACUACUUUGUUUUUAGUGAGCAGUACUACCGAAUUGUAUAGAAUUAUAUGACAGUUUGUUUUCG